AUGAGUGAAACAAAAUAAAAUGAACACGGUAUUGAAUUAAUAGAUUCAAAAUAAAAAUAUAAAUUUGGCUCCAUUUUUGUUAUGAUUUCAGUUAUAGUAUUAAUAUUUGCAAAUUUAGAUCAUAAGGAAAGAAAAAAAGGUGAAUUAAGUGCAUACAGCAUUUUUAAUGACGGAUGCUAAAGAUUGCUAGGUGAUGGAGGUCAAUAGAUGUUAAAUUAAUUUGGUAUAAGGACUAACGAUAAUAAUAAUGAUUAAUAUUAGGAUCAAUAACCCUAAAGAGAAGUAAAAGUACCUAAAAAUAUAAAAGAUUGGAUGAAAUAAGUAUCUAAAAUGGGAAAUAAACCAUGUUAUUGUGGUUCUGAAAAAAAAUAUAAAAAAUGCUGUUAUUGGAGAGAAUUAAGGAAGUAAGAUGAAGAAGAAAAUAUUAGAAAAUAAAGGCAUUUAUAAUCUAUGUAAUAAGAAGUCGAAGAUGAUGAUUAUUGA